AUGAAUCUUAGUGAAAAAAAUCGUGCAAGUAAGGCACUGGGUUCGCCAAGAAAACGAUUUAAACCUAACUCAGAAGAGGUCAAGGAUAAAAACUGGACCUUGGCCUGUGUAGAAGUAUCCGGUAAUGAAUAUUUUGACUACCGUGCGAGAUUUCAACUUGUUUAUUUACCUUCUUGUAUACCAAUUUGUAAUCAUGGGAAGUAUAAUGGAAGUAUUAAACAAAUGCCAACAUACGCUGAAGAGUCCUUUUACACUGAGAUCAGGAAUCACAUGUGGUAUGAUGCAUUAGAAGUAUGCCAUAUGAGCAUAACUCCCACACAAUACUUGUCCUGUGAUGUCCUUCAAGAAAUUGUUGAAAUAAUAUUGAAUGUUCAUGAAGACAGAUGCUCUGACUACACUGCCAAAUACAUAAUUGAUAACUGCCAACAAACACUGUUUCAAAAUUUUAGUACUCAUCCACCAUGCCAGGACAAUAAUUUGAGGAAUUGCUAUGUAAAAUUUCUUACUUCUAGCAUGCCUGAUAAAAAAAACACAUAUACCAAUAGAAUCAACUAUGAAUACAACCUAGGCAUUGUCAAAUAUUGCUUGAAUAGAUUAGAAAGUGAAUUAAGUACUGAUAGUAAAGAUGGACCCAUAGUUGACAAGAAUAUUCCAGAAAAUUUAAAAGGCACGGUUCAAGGGUUCCAUUGGAUAAAACAGAAUUAUGAAAUAUUUGAAUCAUUAAAUAGAGAGGAGAGAAUAAAAAGACUUUUUGCUGUAUUAGAAACUAUAAUUGAAGUGCUGCAGUUUGAUUUGGCUAUUCAACAGUCAAGGUACUUAGAUGAUCAAAGUUGUCAAAUAAGAUGUAAUAAAUUAAUGGAGCAUGUUUUGGGGCCGCAAAAUAAAAAUGGUCACUUGAGUGGCACCUGUCGACAAAUAAUAAGAAUUUUUGCUAAUGUGGUUCAUCUUCAGUAUCCAGAUGCCAUGGUGAAGACUAUUACUAUGUGGCUGAAUAGUAUGAUCCAGACAAUUUAUUGCAGAGAAACACACUCAAAUACUGACUAUCCAAAUAUUUCUAAGAACUGUAUAGAAUUCGCACAAGAAUUUUAUAAGAUAAUUGCAGAGUUGCCCCAUGAUUCUUUUACAAGAAUAUUAGAAAGGAUAGAACCUUCAUAUAUAAGACAUAUUGUGGGACUCUUUUAUCUAAACAAAAUACUAUCUGUGAAUGAAGGUUGCAUAAUUAAAAUUCUUAAAGAUUUUCUAUGCCAAUCACAGUGGAAAUUAUAUUCCACCAAAAAUGUUGAAAUUAAAUUAUCUAAGGAGUUAUUUAAUCCACCAAAAAGGGUAUACGACAAAAUGAGUUAUUUAUUGAGCAAAUGUACUGUCCCUAUAUCUGAAAAUAAUAAUAAUAGUAUGGUGUUUCCUAAGAAAGAUAUAAAAUUGAUGGUGAAAACAGAAGCUGAUCUCCAUCACAUUGUCCAUACAUUAUAUAUUACAUUAGAUGCAUCUCUAGACGCUAAUAAACUCCAAUCUGUACAAGAUACAUGGAAUGCUUUAAAUAAACAAAUAUUAAAUGGUGAUCUUUUAUGCACAUAUAACUGCUACUCAGUAUCAGAUGCAUUAGAAUGCAGAUACAAAUAUAAUUUAAAGGCUAUUAAAGAAUUGGCUUCUUUAUUCAAUGAUUUAAUAAACCAAGGACAGCUGCCACUAAUGUUUAACAUUUUUGGCAAUAUUAGAUUAUUAGAACUACACAUUUAG